GAAGCCCCAUGGACCCUCAACCCUGGCAGAUUUCAAGAUCGGGAGACCACUGGGAAAGGGUACGACGUCUGCUGGUCGGAAUCUCAUGACUCCGUACUCGUCGCCGCGAUUGGUGACGGCUCAGUGAAGAUUUACGACACAGCUCUACCUCCUCCGUCUAAUCCGAUUCGAUCGUUCCAAGAGCACGCGCGUGAGGUUCACUCUGUGGAUUACAAUCCGACGCGGCGUGAUUCGUUUCUCACUUUGUCGUGGGACGAUACGGUGAAGCUUUGGGCUAUGGAUCGUCCCGCGAGUAUUAGAACAUUUAAGGAACAUGCUUAUUGCGUUUACCAAGCGACUUGGAACCCUAAACAUGGUGAUGUGUUUGCUUCUGCUUCAGGAGAUUGUACUUUGAGGAUUUGGGAUGUUAGAGAGCCUGGUUCAACUAUGAUCAUCCCUGCUCAUGAUUUUGAGUUGUUGUCCUGUGAUUGGAACAAGUAUGAUGAUUGUAUUUUAGCUACCUCUUCAGUGGAUAAGACGAUUAAGGUUUGGGAUGUUAGGAGUUAUAGAGUUCCUUUGGCUGUGCUUAAUGGCCAUGGAUAUGCCGUGAAGAAGGUGAAAUUCUCGCCGCACAGGAGGAGUCUGAUAGCUUCUUGCUCAUAUGAUAUGACUGUUUGUCUUUGGGAUUAUAUGGUGGAAGAUGCUUUGGUUGGUAGGUAUGAUCAUCAUACAGAGUUUGCUGUUGGGAUCGAUAUGAGUGUUCUUGUUGAAGGUUUGAUGGCGAGCACAGGUUGGGAUGAGCUUGUUUAUGUUUGGCAGCAAGGGAUGGAUCCUAGAGCUAGUUGGUCAUCAUAAGUAAGUUUUGUUUUACUCUUUAUUUGUUGUGGAAUUGGUUUGGUUUUGUUCAACGGAUGUAGUCAGAAUAAAGUUGGGAUCUUGCUUAUAAUGCAAUGUAUAACGGCAUGAUGGUCUAUGGCCUCCUCAAAAAGAAUGGUCAUCUCUCUGAAAAGCAAUCCGCCACUUACAUUGCAAGUCUCAGUCAGGCACUAGCCUAUUGUCAUGGCAAAUGUGUUAUUCACAGAGACAUCAAACCUGAAAACUUGUUGCUUGAUCAUGAGGAGAGAUUGAAAAUUGCUGACUUUGGGUGGUCAGUUCAGUCAAGUAACAAGAGGAAAACAAUGUGUGGAACCUUAGACUACUUGGCACCUGAGAUGGUCGAGAAUAGAGAUCACGAUUAUGCUGUUGAUAACUGGACUUUAGGUGUAUUGUGUUACGAGUUUCUCUAUGGUCACCCUCCUUUUGAUGUUUGUAUGGUUUAUGUUUUUUAUCUUUCAUGUUUUAAUUGUAUUUUUUGU